AAACGUCAUCGCUCAUCCACUUCUGUCAAAAUCUCGAGUAAAAAAGUAAACAUUUUCCAGCCAAAAAUGGCUGGAUAAGAACCUUCGAAAUCCCUUAGUUCAAAUUUUAGUGCCCCAAGUACAAACAGACCAAAACCUAGAAAAAUUCACGGAACAGUCAGUUUUUUUCGCGCGUUGAUAUUUAAUAGAAACUGUGCUUUUUGUUAGUUGCGUCAUGACAUUCAGACCUUGACAUCUCAUCAAGGAUUAUUGGAGGUUUAUAUACAAAAUUAAUUUCCUUUUUAUUUGCACUUGGACGUGAAUGGUCGUCGUGAAAGUGAAGAUUUAAUUCUUUGACUUGAGGUUAUCAGAAUGACGAGUGUACGGUGUGGGAUUACAGUGGCAAAGCUUGCACAGGCUGUUCGAUCAACAAAAUUCCAGCAAGGUAUUUUAACUGCAAUCUACAAACAGCCCUCUCCACCACGACCCCUCUCGACAUGUGUCAUCCUACUAAAAUCGGCAGGCUCCGGGGAACCCCCUACAGGCACCCAACCCCCUUCGAAAGACGUAUCGGGGAGCGAUAGUGGCGGCGGUGGCGGUAAAAACAAAAACACCUUAUCCUGCCCGAAAUGCGGUGACCCUUGCACACACGUAGAGACAUUUGUUAGUUCAACUAGAUUCGUUAAGUGUGAAAAGUGUCAUCACUUUUUCGUUGUACUAAGCGAAGUGGACAGUAAAAAGAAAGAGGGCGUUGAUCAAAAGCAAGGUUUCUUUAGAAAGCCACCGCCGCCACCGAAGAAGAUCUAUGAUUAUCUUAAUAGACAUGUAGUGGGGCAAGAAUAUGCAAAGAAGGUAUUAUCAGUGGCUGUGUACAAUCAUUAUAAACGGAUUUAUAAUAAUACUCCAAAUGGGCAAGGGAGCGGGAGCUCUAGGCAGGAUGUGGCUGUUAUGGAGCAAGGGAUGCACCAGAAUGUCACACAUAGAGAUCUUCUUCAUAUAACAGGACUGGGGCACGGUUCAAUCGGUUCAAAUUUAUCAGGGCAAGAGUCACAAAAAGGCUCCGCUACAGGCUCUGAGAUCUUAGACAGAACGACCCACGAACUGAAGUUAGAAAAAAGUAACAUCUUGUUGCUGGGACCAACGGGAUCUGGCAAAACCCUUCUCGCACAAACCAUCGCUCAAUGCUUAGACGUUCCUUUCGCUAUAUGCGAUUGUACCACUCUCACACAGGCCGGAUAUGUAGGCGAAGAUAUUGAAAGUGUGAUCGGCAAAUUAUUGCAAGAUGCCGGCUUUAGUGUGGAGAGAGCUCAAAUUGGUAUUGUGUUCUUAGAUGAGGUGGAUAAAAUCGGGGCUGUGCCGGGAAUACACCAACUGAGGGAUGUUGGAGGAGAGGGGGUUCAACAAGGAAUGUUGAAAAUGUUGGAGGGUACUGUGGUCAAUGUGCCUGAACGAAAUUCGCCGAGGAAGCUUCGAGGCGAAACCAUACAAGUAGAUACCACCAAUAUUUUAUUCGUUGCUAGUGGCGCUUACAAUGGGUUGGAGCGACUAAUUCAGCGUCGAAACAACGAAAAUUACCUCGGUUUUGGAGCUCCCGUUUCCAGCGGCCAAGGAAGACGGGCUGUUUCCCAGCAGGCAACUCUCUACCAGUCUUCCCAGAGUGCGGAAGAAGAAAAUUUGGAGAAGGACGCAGCUUUGAAACAAGUGCAAGCGCGGGAUCUCAUAGACUUCGGGAUGAUACCUGAGUUCGUCGGAAGAUUUCCAGUCUUAGUGCCCUUCCAUAGCCUUAAUAAAAAUAUGUUAGUUCGAAUUUUAACGGAACCUAAAAACGCUCUACUGCCACAAUACCAGCGCCUGUUGGCGAUGGAUCAGUGCGAACUGACCUUUACUCCAGAAGCUUUAGACGCUAUUGCGUCUUUAGCGAUGGAAAGGAAGACAGGGGCUAGGGGUCUUCGAGCUAUUAUGGAGUCGCUUCUUCUGGAACCGAUGUUCGAAGUUCCGGGCUCCGGAAUUAGUGCGGUUCACGUCACAGAAGAAUAUGUACGAGGCGAAAGCGGUCCUAUUUAUGAUAAGAGAAGGGAUAUCGCCGCCACCGAAGUGAACGAAGAAGACGAUGUUAACACAUCUAUUAGAAUAAAGCAAUGAUGAAGGCUUCCCUCCGGUAGUACUAUUUGGCGCUUUUAUACAUAAAUCGAGAGUUCUUUUAUUUUUAAUCUGAUUUGAGUUAUAGGCAAUACUUUGGAGUACCCACUUGUAAUUUCUGACGUAAAAUAUAGACUUUAUGAUUUUAUUUA